CUGCCAUCGUACAAAAUGCAAAACAGCAUUGCAUAAUUGUACAGAAUACCAUGUGAAUUUAUACUAUUUAUAGUGCUCGAAUCGCAGAAACUCAGUUUCGUGCUUGUUCUCGCCUUGCCUGUGCGACGUAAUGUGUUAGUGUUUAGUGCCUUUCCAAAAGCUAAUUUAUGCAGGAGAAACAUGCUGUAGGGAUUAAAGAAGAGAAAAAGUUUGUGAUUUAAAACAAACUGCUCCAGUCGGAGCUGCAUCAUGGGUCAGUCGGCGGGCAAAAUCGUCCGUCGUUCGCCAUCCUCCUGCCCGGGUCCCAACAAUUUACCCCCACUACAGUUCCACAGUGUGCACGGCGACAAUAUUCGGAUCUCUCGGGAUGGCACGUUGGCGCGUCGCUUCGAGAGCUUCUGUCGUGCGAUCACCUUCUCGGCCCGUCCAGUGCGCAUCAAUGAGCGCAUCUGUGUUAAGUUUGCCGAGAUCUCGAAUAACUGGAAUGGCGGCAUACGGUUCGGCUUCACAAACAACGAUCCGGUUACGUUGGAGGGAUCGUUGCCCAAAUACGCUUGUCCGGAUCUGACAAAUCGUCCCGGCUUCUGGGCCAAGGCCUUGCAUGAGCAAUACUGUGAGAAGGACAACAUACUCUACUAUUAUGUGAACUCGGCUGGCGAUGUCAUCUAUGGCAUCAAUAAUGAGGAGAAAGGUGUGAUAUUAUCGGGCAUUGAUACGCGUGGUCUGCUCUGGACCAUCAUCGAUAUCUAUGGCAAUUGCACAGGCAUUGAGUUUCUGGACUCUCGCAUCUACAUGUAUCAGCAGCAUAAUGCGGCAUUGAAUGGACUGCCCACUGCCACACUCGCCCAGCAGCAGCAACAACAGCAAUUGGCACAACAGCAGGCCCAUAGUGGCUCCCUCAGUUCGCAUCACCCGCAUCAGCAAUCACGUCGCUCGCUACCCGCCGCUGGCGGCGGCAAUGGCGUUGAUCAUGAGCUGGAACGUCAUGUAAUGCCAUCGCUGCAGUCUCUGAACAUUGCCGCUGGCGCUGGCGCCGCGGAUCAGGCUGCUCUCGCCCAUGAUCUGGCCAAUGGAUUGCCCCCACUGCGCUACAAUGCCAAUGGGCGGCUCAUACCCGUGCCCUUCCACAUUACGAAGGGCCGGAAUGUGCGCCUUUCGCACGAUCGCUUUGUAGCCUCUCGCACCGAAACGGAUUUCUGUCAGGGCUAUGUCUUUACUGCCCGUCCCAUUCGCAUCGGUGAGAAACUGAUCGUGCAGGUCCUGAAGACGGAGCAGAUGUAUGUGGGUGCCUUGGCCUUGGGCCUAACUUCGUGCAAUCCUGCGAUGCUGCAGCCGAACGAUCUGCCGAAUGACUCGGACUUUCUGCUCGAUCGUCCCGAGUAUUGGGUGGUCAGCAAGGAUAUUGCGGCAGCACCGCAACGUGGCGAUGAGAUUGCCUUCUUUGUCGCACCCAACGGUGAGGUGUCCAUCAGCAAGAACAAUGGACCGGCCGUCGUUGUGAUGCAUGUGGACCAAUCUCUGCAGCUCUGGGCCUUCCUCGAUGUCUACGGAUCGACACAGUCGGUGCGCAUGUUCCGUCAGCAAUUGCCCAAUAUGGUGGCCUAUCCCUCGCAACCCCAAAUCACAGCAGCUGCGGCUGCCUCUACAUCGCGUUUGAUGCCUUUGCCCGUCUCUGAGUCCAUAAACAGUCUGAAUGCCGGACAAAUGAUGAGUGCGGCAUCCAAAAUGAUGCACACCUCCCAGCUGAAUGUUACUCAGAGCACCUCCACAUUGGCAUCCGCAGCGGGCACCACCAAUGGCAGUCGCAUGAUCAGCAUGCCCUCCAAUGGUGACAUCCUGCAGAUCCAACCAAAUGGAGGCGGUACCGUUCUCGUUGUCAACUUGCCGCCAGCGAAUAGCUCACAUGACUUGGCCUCCAAUCAGGCGAGAAUCAAUGCGCCUGCCAUUAGCACUGGAGUGCUGGCUGGUGCCGUCUCCAGUGGCACCCUCAUAUCCACGACCAGCAGUCAAUAUAUUGAGCCCAUUGCCAACAGCACGAACAUGAAUGGUGGAAACGCCAAGUGGAAGGACAGCUUGAGUGAUCAGCACAGCAACGAUUCCAGCGCCGAAUGUACCAUCUGCUAUGAGAAUCCCAUCGACUCGGUGCUCUAUAUGUGCGGACAUAUGUGCAUGUGCUACGAUUGUGCCAUCGAGCAGUGGCGGGGCGUCGGUGGGGGUCAGUGUCCGCUCUGCCGAGCCGUCAUUCGAGAUGUCAUUCGCACCUACACCACGUAGAGAAGGCACCUACAAUUGAGCGAUGAAUCUACCAAAUGGAAGCGUUUCAGUUUCCCAAACAAUGUAUGAUUACUGUAUGAAGAAACACAGGAAGUCAAAGUAAUUUAAAAAACAAAAAUGUAUCCUAAGAAGAAACAUAAAACUUUUAACUCGCAAUCAAACAAAAUCAAAGCUAAUUCAUCACAAGCAUGCACGCACUUAUGAAUUUUAGAAAAGCAUAAGCAUAAAUUUUAAAUUUAAAUUAAAUGGAAAGCAAACAAAAAAUGGAAUAGUGAAAACUGCUUAGGUAUUAGCAAUAGCGGAAAAAGAUCUGUAAAGAAACUGAUAGUUCACAUCAUACCGCCUAGGUAUGAUCAAUAUUUGACUUAAUAAUUUAUGUAUACUACUCUAUAAUUAUUGCCUAACAUGCAUAUAAAUAUUUAAUUUUUUGUGAUUUUAUGUCUAAGGGCCAACUAAUUUGCUAAAUGC